AAUAAGAUCACAUGCCAAAUUAGUGGUUGCUCAUUGACGCGUUGAUUUUAGACCAUCAUGUCGUCUCAGACCUCCUCUCCAUCGUCUUCACCACCACCUUCUAGGCUGGGAACAAGCGUUGCUCCCAGCACUAUUAGCACUGCUGCGUCCAGUCCACCACCAACUGACUCCAAUAUGAUGUAUGAGGGAGAGCUGAAAGAAGAAGACGCGCUUGAAAAUCGAUCCAACUCCAUUUCAAUGGACGAAACAGAUGUCGAUGCGCGCUAUGAGCGACUCAACUACGUUCUCGAGAAAUCUGCAAUCUUUUCGAAAAUGCUCAAGCAGUCAAUGGAUAAUGCAAACAGCAAGAUGCUCGAUCAACCGGACGCUAGCACUUCUAAAGUCAACCCUGGCAAGAAGCAAACGAGACGCAGGAAAGGCCGAAAGCACGCAAUAGUUGAGUCAGAAGAAGAGGAAGAGGAGGAAGAGUCUCUUGUAAGCAAACGGAGGAAAAUUUCGGAAACGAGUGAAGACGCGUCUCAAGUAAUACGGCAACCUUCCCUCAUUACGGGGGCUACCUUGAAACCGUACCAACUUGAAGGGCUGCAAUGGAUGGCAUCCUUACAUACCAAUGGAAUAUCAGGAAUCCUAGCUGACGAAAUGGGUCUAGGCAAGACUCUUCAAACAAUCGCUUUUAGCGCUCAUCUUCGAGAGCUUGGCGUUGCAAUGCCCUUUCUCAUUGUGUGUCCCCUUAGUGUUUUGCAUAAUUGGAUUGAUGAGUAUGCCAAGUUCGCGCCAGAAAUUCCUGUAUGCAUGUAUCAUGGUACUCCCGCGGAAAGAGCUACUCUUCGCCGGGAAGUUCUACGUAGUGAUCUAUUUCCAAUCAAGAAGACUCAUGGAAUAGCUGAUGAAUCAAAACCGCCCGUGAAACCAGGGAGGGGAAGGGGAAGAGGGCGUGGUGUUACUCGUAAAUCUGCUGCUUCCAGGUCGAAAAAGAUGGAAAAGGAUAUCGAAGAAGAAGUGAUGACUCCCGAAGAAACUAAGCGAGCCCUCAAGUUCCCGGUAGUUGUCACAACGUACGAAAUGAUAAUAAAAGACAGGGCCCAACUUGCAGGAUAUAACUGGGGAUACAUCGUUGUGGAUGAAGGUCAUCGAUUAAAAAAUCUCGAUUGUACUCUCACGCGCGAGAUCAAGAAAUACCCAAGUGCCUCCAGAAUGAUUUUAACAGGCACUCCUUUGCAUAAUAAUCUUGCUGAACUGUGGUCCCUCCUCAAUUUUGUUCUCCCUGAUAUCUUCAACGAUGUCGACUCUUUCCAAUCGUGGUUUAAUGUGCCAACGAUGCAAACAUCUCUUGGUAAUGACCGCACUGCUCACAUCAUCGAGUCAUUGCACGCCAUCCUGAAACCCUUUUUACUCCGUCGGCUCAAAUCCGAUGUGGAAACAAGUCUUCCACCGAAAAAGGAAUAUGUUCUUUAUGCGCCUCUCAGUAUAACUCAACGAGAGGCAUACGAUAAGGUCCUAGAUGGCACCCUAAGGGCUUAUCUGAUGCAAAGUAAGGAGGAAAACAAGGGAGCCGACGAACUUCUCCCCGAAGUUGACGGUCCAAGAAAGCUUCGAACGCAGACAAAUAAGGGUCGGCCAAGCUAUCUUGUGGAAGAGGACGAUGAUGUCUAUUUCAAAAACUUAGAGACGGGAGAAAACGAACGUCAACAGGCAGAAAGGGAAGCUGAUCUCACACAACUUAGAGAAACACAUCGAAAAGAUCUAGCACGAAAGAAGGUCAACAAUAUGAAGCUGCAGAAUACAGUGAUGCAACUUCGUAAAGUCUGCUCUCAUCCAUUCCUGUUCGAUUGGCCUGUUGAUCCGACCACUUUGCAACCGAUACUUAACGACGAAUUAGUGGCAGCAAGUGGAAAGAUGAUGGUACUUGAUCGUCUCCUUACAGAGUUGUUCAAACGCAAACACAAGGUGUUACUGUUUAGUCAAUUCACAACCAUGCUUGAUAUUAUAGAGGAUUGGGCGCGGGAGCUUAAAGGUUGGAUAAUCUGUCGUAUUGAUGGUUCAAGCUCCCCAGUAGAACGGCGAGAACAGAUGUCUGCAUUCCAGACUGGAGGCGAUUCACCCGGGGCGCCUCAUCUGUUCUUGCUAAGCACAAGAGCAGGUGGCCUUGGAAUUAAUCUGGUGGCAGCCGAUACCGUCAUUUUCUAUGACCAGGACUGGGUAUGUUCUCAUUCCUCAAUCCUCCUUUCGAUAAGUGAACGUCCUUCCAAGAACCCACAAAUGGACGCACAAGCUCAGGAUCGUGCUCAUCGUAUUGGCCAGACGAAACCCGUUCUUAUAUACAGACUGGUCAGCGCGCACACGAUCGAGACAAAAAUCAUGCAACGGGCUACAGAGAAACGUCAAUUAGAAGCACUUGUCAUUGCCAAAGGUAAAUUUCGAAUGCCCAGUGCAGCUGCUCAACGUGGUGGCAAAAGCGAAACUAUUGCGGAGAUGGCUGCUUCUCUUCUCCGGCUUGAAGGAGAGAAGAUUGACGUGGUCCCAAACACGAACGAAGGGAAGGCUAAUGUCCUGACCGACGAAGAUUUGGAUUCGCUGCUAGAUCGUUCACCCGAAGUCUUCACUGAUAGAGGCAAAGGAUGGACGUCGGCGAAUCCACCCGGGAAAUCUGUUGUUGAAAGUAGCAAGAAAGCUGCGUUUGCGGUUUACGACGCUCCAGCUGAUGAGGGGAAUGAUGCUUUAGCAAUGAUGCUCGGGGAAGAUGAUUCAUAGAAUGGUGGAUGAGGGAGGCCUCGAUGAGUAUAAAUGAGGA